UGACUGAAUGACAUUUGAUAAAUGUAAACAAGUUCUUCAAAGGAUAUUUUAGUAAAUAUUUUCCUUAUUUAGAACAAUUAAUAAGAAAUAACCAUGUCUAAAUCUGCACACGUAGUGGAUGGUGAAGCGUCCGAAUCGGACUCGGAAAUAGAAGUAGCUAAAUCACCUGACUCCAUUCUCUCCAAUUCCAAAGUUUUUGUGAUCAGCGGAGAAGCUCCAGAGUCUGAUGAUGAAUCGAAAUUACCAUCACAAAGUGACAACAUCGAGAUAGAUUCACCUCUCCAAGUGUCAAUGUCGCCGCAAACUCCAACAAAGAUGUUGUACAAUUCAAUACUGCAUCAGAAGUUAUGGGAAUGCAAUGUGUCUCUCCGAGCCACACUGGAAGGUCUAAUGCGUCACACGACUGACAUAUCAGUGGAGAAAUUGACAAAAACUGACAAAAUGUUGCUCACAGUACAAGAGAGUAUGCGAGCGACGAAUGCAAAUUUGACUCUAGCUAAAGCGCGUCUGAAACAACUCCAAGCUGAGUUAGAGAAGGCUAACUGCAGUACAGUGUUACCUACUUUGAAAAUUAAAUAGGAAUGGUAUACUGUGACUAAGCAAAAUAAAAUCUAACAUACUAAUAUUAUAAAUGCGAAAGUUUGGAUGGAUGUUUGUUAGAGUUUGUAGCCUAAA